AUGAAGGUGGUGGGUCUCUUGUCUGGCGGCAAAGACAGCUGUUUCAACCUGUGCCACUGUGUGUUGCAAGGGCACACGAUUGUAGCGCUUGCGACCCUAGCGCCGCCUCACGGCCAAGAUGAAAUGGAUUCAUUUAUGUACCAAACGGUGGGCCACGAUGCCGUCCAAGCCAUUGCCGACGCCAUGCACCUGCCGCUGUACCGCGCACCGAUCAUGGGACAAGCAUUGAAUCAGUCAUCUGUGUAUGGCGCGGUGGACCCCCGCCAAGGCCAAGGCGAAAGCGAGGAAGACGAGACGGAGGAUUUGUACCGAUUGCUGUGCACGGUACAGCAUCACCAUCCCGACAUUACAGGCGUCAGUGUCGGCGCGAUUUUGUCCAACUACCAAAGAGUGCGCGUCGAGCACGUCGCGAUGCGUGCGUCGCUGCAGCCGCUAGCGUACCUCUGGCACAGGAACCAAUCCACGCUGCUCGCCGAAAUGAACCGCUGCGGACUGGUCGCGGUGCUCAUCAAAGUCGCAGGAAUAGGGCUCGGCGAGCGAGACCUAGGAAAGACGCUCGUGGCGCUGCAGCCCAAGCUGGAAAAUCUGCAUGCCUUGUACGGCGCACACGUCUGCGGCGAAGGCGGCGAGUACGAAACGCUGGCGCUCGACUCGCUCCUCUUCCACGAGCGCGUCCACAUCGAGGCUACCGAAACCGUGCUGCACUCGGACGCUGCGUUUGCCAGUGUGUUGUACCUCCGGAUCCUGCGCACCGCCUUGCAUCCAAAAGAUCCGUCGACGUUUGGCGCCGCCGCCGUCGCAGCGCAGCUGCAAGCCCCUCCGCUGCUCGAUUCCAUGGGUGCGUGGACGCUGGCACAAGCGCGGGGCGUGGCGUUGCAGGCACCGCACGCAAGCGCGCCACAUGCCACCACGCUGGCCGACCUCUCUAUCGCACACCGGGGCGCAUGGCUCGCGAUGGGCAAUGUAUACCACGCAGCGCCCACGCUUGAAGCCCAGAUCCAGCGCAUUUUCGACACCGUCCAAGUGACGCUUGCACAGCACGCCAUGACCAUGGCGGACGUGUGCUUUGUUCAAAUCUACCUUGCGAAUCCCAUGCACGCUGCCAGCCUCGACGCACUGUACGCGACGCGCUUUGGCGCAGCGCCGCCGGCGCGUGCACAAGCGUCUCUGCCGUACACUGUCCCGAAUGUGGACGUGAUGCUUGACGUGGUGGCCUGUUCUGCCCCUACCGAGCGGCGCGUCCUGCAUAUCCAGAGCCAGAGCUACUGGGCGCCGCCCAGCCUCGGCCCGUGCGCACAAGCUGUCAAGGCAGACCACCGCGUUUUUCUUGCGGCGCAGAUUGGCCUAGUUCCGUCCACGCUAGAGGUUCCUGUUGACGAGGCAGUGCAGUCUGCGCUCGCAUUGCAGCAUGUGCGUCGCGUUGCCCUCGCCGUCCGCGAGUGGAGCUAUGCGCCGUGUGAGGGAUGGAUCGAGGGAGGUAUUGUAUGGCUGGCCAGUGCCCACGACCCAACUGCUCAGCUCGAGCGUGCGUGGGAAACGCAGCUGGAGGGCGAUGCAAGCGACGAUGUAUUUCUUCAGUCGGUGCGUGCAGCGGACUGGCUUGGCCACCAUCCUGCGCAUGUUCCCCUCCUGUUUGUGCAUCUCGCGCGCGAUGCACUCCCAAGGAACGCUGCGGUUGCGUGGCAGCUCACCGCGAACACAGGCAGUUCGUGCGCGAUGGAGCGCGAGGCGCCAUGCGACCCUGCCUUUUCUCGCGGCACGUUUGUGCACAACAACGUCCUGUGCAUGUACAGCAUGAUUACCACGCCGUACAUGGCGUCGUGUGCAUUGGCCAUGUACCGCGUCGACGCGCCGAACCGCUGCACCGACCAGGCAUCGCUUGUGCGCGCCGAAUUCCGCGCGGCGCUGAGCGCAAAGCUGUUGUACACCGACAAGGACGCGCAUGCCAUGCUCGCUGCUGCGCUGGGCCCACCGACCGCGGCGCUUUCUGCGCUCCCGGUGCGUGGCUGGGCGCUCGCUGGGCAUGUACCGCCCAGGUCCUACACGAAUCGCGCCGCAUGCACGUUUUUGCGAUAG